CACUAACGCGCUGUCGCGCUCCCUUCUUCUUCUUCUUCUUCUCCUUCUCCAUUUCUGCUCUUCUUUCUUCUUCCCCGUGCUCGUUCACCCUCUAUAUUUCUCUGUACCAGUGACCCCUUCCCGUGCGGAACACUAAAAGCUAUAUCUUCGAGCAAGAUGUUCACAGAUGGCCUGGAUGAAACUGCAAUUAACUGGAUAAAGAAGGGGACGGAUAAAACAGCGGAAGGUGAAACUCGAAUUCGAUCUCCUCUUGCGGAGAAAAUCGGCCCGGAUCUGUUUCCGAAAUCUCCAUUGUCGUUAAAUGGAAGUGGCUUCAUGUCUUCUCCCGUUUUGCCUCCUUUGAAAUUCCACUCUGGAUUGCUUGCUCCUCAUAGUUUGGCAUCUCCCUGCCUGGACGAUGAUGACGACCAUGGAGAUGAUGUUGAUGAAAGCAUCGCCUCGGUUCCGUUUGAGGAGGAUGGUAUUUAUUCCGACGAGGAUGGUAUGGGGUUUCGUGACUCGGAUUUCUUGGAGAAGCCAGUCGGGCAGGAUUUUUAUGAAGAUGUGUACGGCUACCAGUCUAGUGUAAAUUCCGGUGGAACCCGAAAUAUAUCGUCUAUCAAUAGAGGGCCUUUGAAGGAAGAUCUCAAGAUUGAACUACCUGUUAAUUUAAGAAGAUUUCCUGUUGGAGAGUCGGGUACAAGGCACUUUCCCCAGAAUUUUUCCACUCCUAAUUAUGGCAGUCAGCACAAAAAAAAAGUCUACUUUCACAGUGCACGUGGUCCCCAAGUUCAUGGAAGUUUUUUUGAGGAUUUGGCAGGAACUCCCAGUGCACCUCCCAUUGCUGAUGUUGGAGGGGAAGGAACAAGCACUGAGUGUGAAAGUCAAACUAGACGGGAUUCUGAAGGUUCCAGUGAAAUGGAUCAAUCUGCCAAUGGGUGCCCAUUGCGGGCGCCAGAAGGUUUUGAUAAAUAUAAAGAAGUUUUGUCAGAAUGGAAAGCUUAUUCUCCCGGAACCACCCAAAAUUUUGAAAGAACUUCAACAGGAGCGAAAGAUACAUAUAUCUCUCAUCUGCAGUCAAACUAUCCAGAUCCUUCAUCCUGCUACAACACAAGUGGUCAACAUGCCUGGCAAACUCUACUUGCAUAUGAUGCUUGUAUUCGGUUAUGCCUACAAGCAUGGGAAAGAGGCUGCACAGACUCUCCUGAAUUUUUACGCAAUGGGUGCCUGGUUCUUCGAAAUGCUUUCGGACUACACAAAUUUCUAUUGCAACCUCAGCGUGCACAAACGACAGAAAGGGGGAGGAAUACUGAGCAUUCAGAACAAGUUGUGACUUUGAACCCAAAGAAGGUUGUUGGAAAGAUAAGAGUGGAAGUGAAAAAGCUAAGACUGAUACCAAAGAGGAAACUGAAGAAUACAUAUUCACAAAGAGGCUCAUUCUAUAUGCAAGCAGGAGCAGAAUAUAUUCGAAAUAUUUCAACUUUUGUGAAAAAUGGCAUAAAUUCUCUGAAAGAGACUUCUUUCACAAAUACGUCAGAAGAACAAUUAUCCUGCUUAUUUCAAUUGAAGAGUGCUACAGAGGGUUCUAACCUGGAGUCUGAUUCUGCUGUUUGCUUGCACCCUGGCAGUGGAGACUACCAUGUCUUUUUCCCAGAGGCUCUAGGAGAUACUCUUUUGCUAGAAAUCCAGGAUGUCAAAAAAACUACCCAAGGUCGAACUACGGUUUCAGUUUCAUCAUUGAUCGAUAACACUAAUGAUAAGAUUCGGUGGUGGCCCAUAUAUCAUGAUGAUCAGGGAUGUGUGGGAAAAAUUCAGCUUUCUAUCGUUCAUACAAUGACAAGUGAAGAGACUAAUCAUAUGAAGAGUGGACCUGUUGUGGAAACUCUUGCCUAUGAUUUAGUGCUAGAGGCUGCAAUGCGUGCACAACAAUUUUGUUCCAGAAAUCUGAGGAUAGAUGGACUUUGGAAGUGGUUGUUGACUGAAUUUGCAGACUAUUAUGGAGUUUCUGACUCAUAUACAAGAAUCAGAUAUCUUUCUCAUGUCAUGAAUGUGGCUACUCCAACUAAGAAUUGCUUAGACCUCGUAAAUGAAUUACUUGAACCCAUAAUGAAGGCCAAAAGCGGGAAGACUUUGACUCGGCAAGAGAGAAGUAUAUUGCUGGAUUGUGAAACUCAAAUUGAGAGUCUGUUGGCAAAUGUUUUUGAGAACUACAAGUCAUUGGAUGAAAACUCCCCUACGGGAUUGGCAGAUUUACUUGGUCCUACAAAAGACUCUGCAGCACCUGCUCUAACUCCUGCAGUGAAAAUCUACACUCUGCUCCGUGAUAUACUUUCUCGAGAUGCCCAGAAUAUGCUGAGAAACUAUUUUCAGAGGGCGGCGAAAAAGCGGUGUCGAAAGUACAUGGUCGAGACUGACGAGUUUGUCUCGGGAAACUCUGAAGGUCUUCUCAUGGAUCCAAUUACUAUCUCUACCGCAUAUUUGAAGAUGAAACAACUGUGUAAAAAUAUAGGUGAUGAAAUUCAGGCUGAUAUCAAAAUUCAUGAUCAGCAUAUACUACCAAGUUCGAUUGACCUCUCAAACAUCACUGCCGCUGUCUACAGCACCGAGUUGUGCAACAGGGUUCGAGGUUUCCUCGCUGCAUGGCCUCCCUCUGGUCCGUUGUCUUAUGUGAAUGAGCUUUUAGUAGCUAUUGCUGAUUUUGAAAGAAGCCUUGAAUCAUGGAAUAUCAGUCCAGUGCAGGGUGGCGUAGACUCCAGAGACCUAUUCCACGACUAUAUAAUGGUGUGGGUACAGGAUAUGCAGCUAACUUUGCUUGAUCUAUGUAAAGCAGAAAAGGUGCCAUGGUCUGGUGUGUCAACAAAUCAUUCCACCUCGCCCUUUGCUGAGGAGAUGUACGAGAAAAUAAGAGACUCCCUCGUUCAAUAUGAAGUAGUGAUCAAUCGAUGGCCUCAUUAUUCGUUGAUUUUAGAAAAUGCUGUUGCAGAUGUCGAGAGAGCAAUAUUAAAAGCACUUGAAAAACAGUAUAGCGAUAUCUUGACACCUCUGAAAGAUACUAUCCCAAAGAGGCUGAACAUGCAUGUCCAGAAGCUGACAAGAAGACAAUCAACGGCCAUAUACUCCGUUCCUAAUCAAUUGGGAAUGUUCCUGAAUACCAUCAAGAGAAUUUUAGAUGUCUUACAUAUUAAAGUUGAAGGUAUCUUGAAGUCCUGGGCGUCCUAUAUGCCUGUUGUGGGAGAGAAAAAGUUACCCUUUGGUGAGCAAAUGAACGGAAUCACGGUUCUUUUGAGGACCAAAUACAAAAACUACUUACAGGCAACUGUAGGGAAGCUCAUAUGCAAUAUGCAAGCCAACCGUAAUACACGGCUGAAAAGGAUUUUGGAGGAAACGAGAGAAGAAGGGGAGCCAGAAGUUCGUGAAAGAAUGCAAAUGCUGAGUUCACAACUUAUCGAUUCCAUAUCAAACUUGCACGAGGUCUUCACAGGUCUUAUAUUUGUUGCAAUUUGUCGGGGAUUCUGGGACAGGAUGGGACAGAUUGUCCUUAAAUUUCUCGAAGGCAGGAAAGAAAACAGAGUAUGGUACAAUGGAUCAAUUUACGCUCUUGGGGUACUGGAUGAUACAUUUGCUUCCCAAAUGCAGCGAUUACUGGGAAAUUCAGUGCAAGAAAAAGAUAUUGAGCCUCCUCGAUCAGUUGUAGAAGCUCGAUCAAUUCUGUGCAGGGACUCACCAAAUGCCUCUGACACUGCUACCUAUUUAUAUCUCUGAUGGUAUCAAUUUCAACUGGCCUGGCUUCUUCAAUUCAUUCAUAUUUAUUAUAUGCUUAGUUUAGGUGUAAAAAUAUAGUUCUUAUAGCGCUAUUUACUGUUUAGAAAUUUGUUAUUUUAUUUAUGCAAUCUUUGUUGUAUAAGAAUUUAAAGGGUCAUUGUUCUUUUUGUAAAUCAUUUAUAUUAUUCAUUUCGUUAUCUACAGAAAAAAUAAA